CUUCGAUUGGAUUAGAGAAGUGCAAUGGUCAAUAAAUAAAUAAAUAAAUAAAUAAAAAACCAUAAUCUGUUGAGUAGUGGAGAGAUAGUGGUGUGGUAGUGGUUGUGUUUAAAGAGAGAACUGAGAAGAAAAAGGUUGUUUGUUGUGCUUUGUUUGUAGUAGUUGUUGUUGUUGAUUGGGAAUAUCAAAUCAAUGGCAUCAAAAAAUGUUAAAGAAGAAGGGAACAACAACAAUAAACCCGUCAAGAGAAAACCCGUUUUCACAAAAGUGGAUCAGAUGAAACCCGGAACCAACGGUCACACUCUAGUUGCUACGGUUUUAACAUCCGAAACUGUCUUGCAAAAAGGAACAACAAGACCUUCUUUUUCUUCAUCUUCCCGUAACAAUAUUCGCCCAACUCUAAUCUCUGAGUGUCUAAUCGGUGAUGAAACUGGUACCAUCAUCUUCACCGCUCGCAACGAACAAGUUGAUUUGAUGAAGGCUGGAACUACAGUAAUCAUUCGCAAUGCAAAGAUUGACAUGUUUAAGGGAUCAAUGAGGCUAGCUGUUGACAAAUGGGGGCGCAUCGAAGUCACCGAGCCUGCCGAAUUCGUUGUUAAAGAGGAUAACAACUUAUCUCUCAUUGAAUAUGAAUUAGUGAACGCGGUUGAAGAAUAAUUCACAGUUAAAGAAGAUAAUCUAUCUCUCUUGCUUGCUGCUACUUUAAAAUUUAACUGGCAUUUUUCAAUGUGUAGGUUAUAUUUCUCACUUUAAUUAGUAUGGGUUUCCCUUUUAACUUUUUUGACUUCAUUUUAGGGUUUAGUUUUUGUCACUUAAACAGUGUUAAGCAUUCAGUAUUUGCUACUACUAUUAUCUAAGUGUAUCAAGUGAACUUAGGCAAAGCAUAAUAGUAUUAACAUAUCAAAAUAUUUCUCCAAAUUUUGUA